AUGAAGGGCCCAAUUAUCGCCGCCGCUGUGCUCGGCAGUUACUGUCAGGUCAGCCAUGCUCAAUCAGGCAGCUCAAUUGAUCCAGUGCAGCCCGUCCUGCUUCCGGACACAGCUGCCGCGAAGAACCCUCUAUCACAUCUUGGCGGUAAUGGACCGUGGCAUAUAGGUGCCGAUAUUACCGGUAUUUCUUCUGAUGUGCCAGAGGGCUGCGAGGUCGACCAAGCUGCCUACGUAUCACGUCAUGGAUCCAGGUACCCUGAUACCGGAGCUCACAAUGGGUGGCUUGAGAUGCAGAGCAAGUUCCAAAACUCCGACUAUACUGCGACUGGACCCCUGGAGUUCCUCCACCGGUGGAAGAGCCCUCUAACCAAUCCUGAGAUCCAGAUUGCUCAGCUCAGCAAGACUGGGUACAAGGAGCUUUUUGACAUGGGAUAUACCCUUCGUACUAGAUAUCCUGAUCUUUACCGCGAAGGUGAAGACUUUGUGGUCUGGGCCAACAAUUACACGCGUGUUAUUCAGACCGCUCAACUCUUCCUCCAUGGUUUCUUGGGGACAAACUCUUCACUGGGCACGGUUGUUGCCGUUACUGGCAAGGGUAUGCCUGCUCAUCUUGGCGACACUCUGGCCCCCUCCGACAUGUGCCCAACGUUCGUGGACGACAGCAGCAAGCAGACAGACGCCUGGCGCUCCAAGUGGCUACCCGCCUUCAAGAAGCGAUUGUCCCAGUACAUCGAGGGUGAUCUAGAGCUUGAAGAUGGGCAAUGGGGGGACUUCCCUUACAUCUGCGGAUUCGAGUCGCAAAUCACGGGUCGCCUUUCAUCCUUUUGCAAUACCUUCAAUCAGAAGGAGAUGGAGCAAUACGAAUAUCAGCAAGACCUGAGGUACUACUACGGUGUCGGUCCAGCAACCAAGGUGGCCUCAAAGAUGAUGGUCCCCUUCCUUGAUGCGUUAGUGCAGCGUUUUGUUGCCGGACCCGACGCUACCGGUACCAACUUCGAGGGCAAACAGUUUAAACUUCCCAAGAUUUUGAUGAGCUUUUUGAACGACGGCCAAUUGAACGAACUUGCUGUCGCCACCGGUGUAUACGACAACCAAAAGAAGCUGCCCGUUGACCGCAUCCCUGAGGAUCGUCUCUGGCGCAACUCAGAGAUCUCUCCCAUGCGAGGUACCAUCGCAUUUGAGCGUCUUACCUGCGCCACCAAGAAGGGACGUCCUGGACAGAAGUACAUGCGAAUCCUCAUCAACGAUGUGGUCUACCCGGUGCCAUCUUGCAAAGAUGGACCAGGAAGGUCGUGCUCGCUGGCAAAGUAUGCCAAGAUUACCAAGGAUCGGCUCAAGAAGAACGGUAACUUUGCGAAGCUUUGUAACGCGACAGAUCCUGCUACGCCUUCCAAGGUUCUUGGAGCUAGCUUUUUUACAAACUUGGCUCAACCUCACCUGAAGCCUGUUAAGCCAUAA